AGUCAGCCGGCCACAUCAUUCGCCCGUCCACCGGCGCCGCCUGCGGACGCACGCACGCACCAACGGCGGCCGCCGGACGAGGUUAAAAAAGCCACGGCGCACGCGCGUGCGCCGUGAGCCAGACGAACCGUGCACGUACCUACCUGAGGCACUAGCGCAGCUGCUUUCUUGUCACGGAGCACUGGGAGGGGAGCUCCGGCACCGGUGGAUCUCACCUCCCAACGGCGCGGUGAAAUGCAUGUGACUCGCCCAAAUUUGGCCCAGGCAGCGGGGUCCUCGCCCCUGGCCGCCGUGUCCGCGCUCGUCCCGGUCCCCAGCAAAAUGACAGCGUCCGCUGACGGGCGGCGUCCCGCGGUAGGCGCCACGCGGGCGCGCGCGCGCGCUGGCGGCCACUGCCACGGCCGGAUGUCAGUGAACCAACCGCACCAGCAGCGGCAGCAAAAGCCGGAGAGGUAGCUCGCGUGUUGGUGAGUGCGUUACUCGCCCUCGCCACCGGCGUUAAAGCCCACCGCCCCCCGCCCCCGCGCCCGCAUAUCCAUCCGUCUUGCAGGCUUGUAGCCAGCCAGCCAAGAGAGCAGAGCGGCGCUCCUGACCAGCACCGCACCCUUCGAUUUGCGGCGCCGGGCGAGGGGGGAGAAGGGGUCGACAUGGAGGGGUCGGCGGCGGCGUCGGCGUCGAUGGGGGCGGCGGCGCGGGCGGCGCGGGCGGGGGCGAAGGUGUGCGGCAAGGAGGAGAAGGUGGUGGGCGUGCAGAAGGCGCCGGGGAGCUGCCCGUACUGCGGCGGCGGGGUGGUGGCCACGGACGUGGAGGCCAAGUGGGUGCUCUGCUUCCUGCCGCUCUGCCUCAAGAACAAGCGCAGGUUCGCCUGCACCGCCUGCGCCCGCCGCCUCGUCACCUACCCCGCCAUUGUCCAGGACUAGCUGCUGCUUAAUUAGCCUUCUUUCCAUACUAGUAUUUCAUUCUCCGCCCCCCUCGGUUUGAUUCUCUGGAGAUUGAUCCAAGAACUCAAGAUUUUCAUCCGAUGCCA